GGCGGGCAGGCGCCAUGCAGCUGCCGUCCCAAGUCCUGCUGUGGGGACUGAUGGUUCUUCAGGGUUCCUGGGCACUUCUGUCCUCAGGGCCCUCAGGGUCGGGGCAGGCAGGCAGCUCCGUGGUGUCCGAGUCAGUGGUGAGCUGGACGGCGGGCGCCCGUGCUGUGCUGCGCUGCCAGAGCCCGCGCAUGGUGUGGACCCAGGACCGAUUGCACGACCGCCAGCGCGUGCUCCACUGGGACGUGGCCGGCGGUGCGGGCGGCCCGGCGCGCCGGCUCGUGGACAUGUACUCGGCGGGCGAGCAGCGGGUGUACGAGUCGCGCGACCGGGGUCGCCUGCUGCUGUCCCCCUCGGCCUUCCACGAUGGCAACUUCUCGCUGCUCAUCCGCGCUGUGGAGGACGCCGACGCGGGGCUGUACACCUGUAACCUGCACCACCAUUACUGCCACCUCUACGAGAGCCAGGCCGUGCGCCUCGAGGUCGUCGACCCCCCCCUGGCCCCGCGCGCCUACUGGGACGGCGAGAAGGAGGUGCUGGCGGUGGCACGCGGCGCUCCCGCCUUGCUGACCUGCGAAAACCGCGCGCACGUGUGGACCGAGCGGCACGUGGAGGAGGCGCAGCAGGUCGCGCACUGGGACCGGCAGCCGCCCGGGGUGCCGCACGACCGCGCCGACCGGCUGCUCGACCUGUACGCGUCUGGGGAGCGCCGCGCCUACGGGCCGCCUUCCCUGCACGAGCGCGUGGCCGUGGCGGACGAUGCCUUCGCGCGUGGCGACUUCUCGCUGCGCAUCGACCCGCUGGAGCCGGCCGACGAGGGCACCUACUCCUGUCACCUUCACCACCACUACUGCGGUCUGCAUGAGCGCCGCAUCUUCCACCUGCGCGUCAGCGAGCCCUCGGCCGAGCCGCCCCCGCGGGCGUCACCCGGCAACGGCUCAGGCCACGGCGCCGGCCCGGGCCCAGACCCCACGUUGGCGCGCGGCCGCAGCGUCAUCAACGUCAUCGUCCCCGAGGGCCGCACCCAUUUCUUCCAGCAGCUGGGCUACGUGCUGGCCACCCUGCUGCUCUUCAUUCUGCUGCUGGUCACCGCCAUCCUGGCUGCCCAGCGCCGCCGCGGAGGCGACCAGGACAUGGACAGGAAGUCGGGAAAGUGGAAGGGGAAGCAGGUGAACCUGGUGGAGUUGGCCGUGGCCACAGACCGGGGCCUUCACAGGACUGAGGACGUCAACCUAGAUUACAAAAACAACCUCUUGAAGGAGAGGGCUGAGCUGGCUCACAGCCCCCUGCCCGCAAAGAACAUCGACUUGGACAAAGGGUUCAGGAAGGAGUGCGGCAAAUAGGAGUCCUGGUGCUGGCCGGGCCAGCAGCUCUGCCCACUCUGCCUGCCUACCUGGAGGCCGUGCUCCCGACCGUAUGGCUCUCCUGGCGUUUCCCAGCAGGCCGGGCCGGCAUGGAGAGCCAGGCUGCCUGCAGCUUCCUCUCUGCCUGCUCUGCUCCCCACCAUCCUGAUCCCCCAAGCCCCUCUCUUCCCAGUGGCCUCGGUUAUCUGCCCCCCUGGAUGGGCUGGGAAGGUUCUCUCCAUGGGGCGGGGGAUGGGAGGGAGUGGGGGAGGGCAGCCUCCCAUCCCCCCCGUGCCAUGCCUGAGCACUGCUGCCCACCCAGCCCAGCUCAGCCCCAGCCAAGCUCCCCCUGCUCUCCAGGGGGUGCUUGCCUGGGUGGGAACUGCUCCCUGGCAGUUUCUCUGCCUCUGACUCCUGCCCUGGCCUUGACUUCUGCCAGCUCACUGGCCUGGGAUCCAGGUGACUUCAGCACGCCCCUCCCUGAGCUGGCCUCUGGGGCUAGGGCUGCACUGGGCUU